AUGGCGACUUUUUUGAAUCAAACAAGCCGUUAUGCUCUACGGGUAGCAAGGAGAGUAAGUGUCGAUCGACCGGCCCAUUGGACUAUCCCUCCAACCUAUCCUCUGCGGCCCUUACGAAACCUCCAUGCACGCGCUACUGAAUUCCUUCAGAGCCAAGAUCCAGAAUUAUCUGACUCCCAGCGAACGGUACGAGAAUCAAUUGGCAAGAUCUGUUCCAAUUUCCCUGACGAGUAUUGGGCCCGCGUGGACCAGUCACAUACCUUCCCGACAGAGUUUUGUGAUGCGAUCGCACAACAAGGCUGGUUGGGGAUCUGCCUACCGCAGCAGUAUGGGGGAUCGGAAUUGGGGAUCUCGGAGGCAGCCGUGAUGAUGCAGACCAUCUCAGAGUCCGGCGCUGGAAUGACAGGAGCCUCUUCCAUUCACAUGAACAUCUUCGGGUUGGAACCUGUCGCCAAAUUUGGCACUGGCGAGCAAAAGGAGAGAUGGUUGCGGCCUUUGAUCGCCGGUCGCGAACGAGCAUGCUUUGGGGUGACUGAGCCAAACACUGGUCUUGAUACACUGAAGCUCCAAGCUACUGCGCGUAGAUCGGGCGACGAGUAUGUACUUUCCGGGCAAAAAAUCUGGAUUUCAACCGCGCAGAGGGCCGACAAGAUUUUAAUUCUUGUACGCACGACGCCACGCGAUCAAGUCCAAAAGCCAUCUCAGGGUCUAUCACUUUUCUACACAGACUUACAGGUCCCCCAAGUUGAGAUAACGGAGAUUCCUAAAAUGGGACGGGGGGCUGUGGAUACCAACACCUUGUUCUUCGAUGACUGGCGCGUACCGGUAUGUGAUCGCGUUGGGGCGCAGGAUGAAGGAUUUCGCAUGAUUCUGCAGGGAAUGAACGCAGAACGGAUUUUGAUCGGAGCAGAAGCUCUUGGGCUUGGGUUUGCGGCUUUGCGUCGCGCCGCUCUAUACGCGGGCGAACGAGUGGUGUUUGGGCGCCCUAUUGGCCAAAAUCAAGGCAUUCAACACCCACUGGCUGACAGCUGGAUGAAGCUAGAGGCGGCGCGCAUGAUGAUUUCCCAGGCUGCUCGCCUUUACGAUCAGGGGUACCAUGGUGGAGAAUACGCGAACGCUGGGAAAUAUCUCGCUGCAGAAGCUGCUUUCGAGGCUUGCGAAAGGGCGAUCCUGGCUCAUGGAGGUAUGGGGUACGCCCAGGAGUACCAUGUCGAGCGCUAUCUACGUGAGGUCUUCAUUCCUCGCAUUGCUCCUGUCAGCCGAGAGAUGGUUUUGAACUAUAUAGGAGAGCGAGUGCUUGGUCUUCCCAAGUCAUAUUAG